CUGCCAUACCCUGCAUACCAUGCAUUUAUAUUAUUACUCCAUACUUACCAAAAAAGCCAGUCAAUUGUUGACGUACUUACCGCAGCAACGGGGCAAAGCGCUCAAAGUAAGGCGGAACGGAAAUAUAGCAGAACUUGUUUCCACGUUCAGUCGGACUUGUUAUUGUAAAGCACACAUACACACAGCAGCAAGCAUGGAUGAGAGUGCGCAGCGUGUAUUGGAGUAUCUGACAGAGGUAGAAGUGGCUGCAGAAGAUAUACUUGCAGACAGACAACAGAUUGUGGAUCUGGAUCUGCGUAGAAACAGGAACCGAGAAGCACUCAAUGCUUUACGAAACCAUUCAACAAACGAAAAUGUUAAGGUGUGUUUUGGAAAUAUGUUCAUCAAAUUCUCCCAAGAAAAUAGCACAUCCAUGAUUCUUAAAGACCAGGAGCAGCUUGACAAAGAAAUAAAUGAUCUCCGCAAAUGUCUAAAGGCAAAAGUAAGCCUGAACUCCGAGGAUACAGCCUUUCUCCUCUGAACAGUGAUGAAAUGAAAUCAAUCAAGAGUCUCAUUAGAAAAUGACAUGCACUUCAGACUGUGCAGUGUUCACAAACUCUCAGUUUUUUUUUGCAGAUUUUAUGCAACAGGGUACUUGAUGUACAUGUAUAUGUUUAUUUGUUUCCUAAUUUCAAAAUUAUAUUGAAAGCUCACAAAGGCUUGGCCAUCAUUCAGUCUUAUGUGGUUUUUAUGUGUUGAUUAUGCAAUAUAAACUGGAAAAAUUAAAAAGAGAAAUUAUAAUGCAAAAGGUAUUUUGAUGGUUGUUACAAAUUACAAUAACAUGUAACUCAUAUGAUUAUGUGCACAAUUUUUUAUUAUUAAGCUUUUAAGCAGUUACUGAAAAAUUAAAGCCCAUGGGGCAGUUUCCCGACAGUGUUUAGGUCAAUCCAGGACUAGGUCUUAGUUAUUUUAGGACAUUUAUGUAGUUUUUACAAGCAAACCUUACAAAACACAAUACUGGUGGUAUGCAUCUUGAGACAAAACAAUAGCACUGAUAUAUGUUAAAAUUAAUGUUUUAAAAGUUCACCUAUUUCAUUGCUAAAAAAACAACGUUAUUUUGUGUAUUUGGUAUAAUACAAUGUGUUUGCAUGGUUUAUGGUUAAAAAGACACAUUGUUUUCCACAUGCCGUAGAUUUUUGUAGCUCCAGAUUUCCCUCUCUUCCUGAAACGCACAGAUUUUGUACAAAACUCAUUGAUUUGAAAAGCGCUGUGUGUGAUUGGCCAGCUAAUCUUUACAUUGUGAUUGUAAUCUGUACAAUCCGUGUGUUUGUUGUAGUCCAAAUUGUAAUGUCUGCCUGCCAUUUUACAAUUAGGGCCCGGUGUGUAAGAGCCAUAUAUGGGGUUAUUCUGAUUUUGUACACUAGGUGGAGUGUUGAGAUUGGAAUAUGUAUAAAAUGGGUAAAGAGGAAAUGCUGCACAGGUGCGGGUAAUGAGCAUACCAGUUUUGACCUUGAGAUUGGAAGGGCAAUGGAAAGCCAUAUGUAAGAUUUGUAUACUUUGUAAACUCUCUUUAAUAUUUAAACCAUAUGUGAAUAAACAAAAUAUAAAACGUGAA